GCAGCAUUAUCUUGUGCCUCUGCAGUCUACACGUCUCCUGCUCCUGCUCCUGCUCCACACGGACACAACGUCACCCGUCUCCCCAUAUUGAAAGUCCUGUCUCGGUUCACGUUAGCGUCUCAGCAGCCGGAGCCGUGGGGCUAACAGGGACUCGGAAAUGAUCUCACCGGAACUCAAUUUUAAUUUCUUUACGAGUGGCCUUUCACUUUACAUCAAAAAUCAAGUUAAAGUCAGGCUAUUCGGCUCUGGAGUGGGACUCUCUGUAGUGCUCGGGUUAAGUGCCGCCUAUGUCUGCUACUACUUGAUGUCCGUGGCCAAGAAACCCUUACUCGUAGCUGGAGGAAAAAAGUUUCAUCAGUUCCUGAGGGACCAAUGCCCCGUGGUCUCAGAGACGUACUACCCCACGUUCUGGUGCUGGGAGAGUCGAGUCCAAACACUGCUCAGGCCCUUAGUGACUGCCAGACCCUCGGUCAACUACAGAAAUGAGCUCAUUAGAGCAUCAGAUGGAGGCCAGAUCUCUCUGGAUUGGUUUGACAAUAAUGACAGCACAUCCUACCCAGAUCCAUCUACGCGACCCACAGUGCUUCUUCUCCCGGGACUGACAGGCACGAGCCAUGAAUCCUACAUUCUGCAUAUGGUACAGCAGAGCCACGAACUGGGCUACAGAUGUGUGGUUUUCAACAACAGAGGUGUAUCUGGGGAAAAGCUACUGACUCCCAGGACAUAUUGUGCGGCCAACACAGAGGAUCUGGAGUUGGUAGUUGAUCAUAUCCACAAGACCAUUGAAAAAGCUCCACUUAUGGCAGCUGGGGUUUCUAUGGGCGGGAUGAUGCUGGCAAACUAUCUUGGUCGUAAAGGAAAUGAGACAUGUCUGAAGGGCGUGGUGCUUUUCUCGGCAUGCUGGGAUGUGUUUGAGUGCACGGCAUCGCUGGAGAAGCCCCUGGACCGUUUCCUCUUCAACUCCUACCUCACCAGCCGCCUGCAGGCGUUCGUGGACCGUCACAGAGCUGUUCUUGAAAAGAAAUACAACAUUGACCAUGUGAUGAAGGCUAAAACAAUCCGAGAGUUUGAUGAACGUUUCACGUCCGUUAUGUUUGGUUAUCCGACCAAUGAGGACUACUAUCUAGAUGCUAGCCCCAGUCACAAGAUCAAGUCUGUGCAGGUGCCAAUGCUUUGUCUCAAUGCGGCUGAUGAUGUCUUCUCCCCCAAUCAUGCCAUUCCGGUGGAGGCAGCGAAGCAGAACCCCAACGUGGCUCUCCUCAUCACCUGCCACGGCGGCCACAUCGGCUUCCUGGAGGGGCUGUGGCCGCGGCAGAGCACCUACAUGGACCGAGUUUUCCGCCAGUUCACCAAGGCCAUCAUAGAGAACGACAGCAGUCUAACUGACCUCCACUGACCCGCUUCUUCCAUUCCCUCUAUAGCCAUUAGCAAAAAAUGUUGAUACAUUUCCAAAACGAGACAUUCAUGAAGGGCACAAGUUCACUUAUUACACUCGGAACCAUCAUAUCCUGCCGGAGAUAGGAGGGAGGGGCGAGGAGCCUACCCGCGUGCAGGACGGGACUCAACAGGUGGUGGUUGGGUGGUGGAGGUUGUCGUGUUAGCACACUGAAACAGCAAUGUGAUAGAUUGUGAGCACACUUAUAAAGCAAUGGCUUAUAUGUGAUUGGCUAGGAAUUACCCCGCUAAUAGUCUUCCCGCCAGAACUACACUGCGCUUACAUUUCUAUGAGACUAGUUUGCUAAAGAAGGUACAAUUCUAACCCUUCACUAACUUGAUGUUUAUUUCAUGUCUUCUAGAAAUCCAAACACCAUGUCUGUAGCCCUCAGGGACUAACUAGCCCACCUCACCUCCUGUGUUUUGUUUGUGGUUCCUGCUAGUACUUCUAGCUAUGGUUUUUUUAUGGCAAGAAAAGAUUGUAUCUACCAUUUCAAAGUGUUUUCAUUUUCUCAAGAAUGUACAGCAUGCACUUUUUGACAGUCAUUACUGUUAUAUUGACAGUGUCUAGUUCAACAUUGUAAAAUGAAUCACAAUUUUUGACUAGGACUGUAAAAAUGACACUUUGUUUUUGCUUAGUGCACCAAACCUGUGCAUUCCCAAAAGUAUGCAUUCUUUUAAACCGAAUGGAUGUGACUUCAAGGAUUCUGUGAAUAUGUGAAAAUGAUUUGAGCUACUAGGUUGAUCGCUAAACAUCGAAUAUGUUUCCGAAGCUUAUGCUUGCUUUGAAUUUUAUUCUGGGUUAAAUGGUUCUUUAUGUCAAUAGUCCCAUGAAAUCCUACUAACAGCUCCUUAAUUAAUAUUAUAUGAGAGGGAAGAAAGAAUGAGAGCAGUAAUUGUUUGUGUGAGAACGCAUUAUGAAGGAUGUAUGUAAUCUGUUGCUUUCUGUAUAAUUUGAACAGUUUUAUGAAGAAGGUCUUUAUCAACUACUACUCUGUAUACAGUAACUGACUGUGGGCAGGGUUCCAUGGGCUCAGAAUAAACUGUACAUAGGAAUUUUAUCAAAGGAAUGAUAUGGUGGCACAAUAAGAAUUGAAUGCAAGAAUAAUGGAAUCUAAUCAUACAGUUUUGCUUUCUGUAUAUGUUUGUCAGAUGGCAAAAAUUGAGUUUAAUAUGUCAUUUUCUACUCUGAAUCCCUAAAGGCGACAAGUCUAACAUCUAAUGCAGGGCACUUUCCUAGAAUAGCUACAAAAUAAGACAUCUUUACAACAUUUUGUCAACAAAUGGUCAGUGGAGGUGCUUAACCUUCAGAAAAUGUAGAGUCAGAAUUUUCAGAAAGUCAAAUCAAAGCAAGUAUGUGCCUUUUUUUUUUUUUUUGGCUGAUCUUAUGAACAUUAUGUGGCUGUGGCGACAUUUUUGGAAAUGAUAUUACACGAUUCAUUACACGUAUCGCAGCAGUUCCUAGGUGAAAUGCUUCUUUUUGUCUCUUUUCGCACAAGGAAAAUCUUGGGGGGCAAUGCCACCCUUUGUACCUGGCCAUGUACUCUGUUGAAUUUUAAAUCUAUGAAACCUACCUACCUCCCUACCCUAAACCUUAAACUAGGGUGGUCAAUCGAUAAAAAUUGUCAUCAAAUUAAUUACAUGACAUGACAAUUAAUUGCAUAAUAAUUGCAUGUAUAUGCUGUGAAAUGCCCCCAAUUAAAGAUAAUUAUAUAAAAAUAAUACAUAAUUCAAAUAAAUUAUAAAUAUAAUAUAUACAAUAUUUUAAUACAGAUUAAAAUAUAUUGCAAUAUUGUGGCAGAUUAGUAAAUUAUUGAUUAGACAAUAUAAAAUGUGUUAGAUGUCAAUAUAUUGUUUGUUUUAUUUUCAUAUCAUUUGACAUGUGAUGUUCUGCCGAUUUACUCUGGAUUUGUGUAAAAGGGAAUAAAAGUCGU